UCUAGAAGUAACCCCACUAUCGAUUUGUGUCCUGCAGCAGCAGCCAGGUGUAGCGGGGUCUUGCCGUCCUUGUCGACCGAGUUGACUGACUCCGUAGCUCCUUUCUUUAGAAGCAACCCGACUAUCGAUUCGCGUCCCGCUGCAGCAGCCAGGUGUAGCGGGGUCUUGCCGCCCUUCAACUCAACUAUCUUAUCGACUGCUCCUUUCUCCAGAAGCAACCCGACUAUCGAUCCGUGUCCUGCAGCAGCAGCCAGGUGUAGCGGGGUCUUGCCGUUCUUGUCGACCGAGUUGACUGACUUCGUGGCUCCUUUCUUUAGAAGCAACCCGACUGUCGAUUCGUGUCCCGCUGCAGCAGCCAGGUGUAGCGGGGUCUUGCCGUCCUUGUCGACCGAGUUGACUGACUUCGUGGCUCCUUUCUCUAGAAGCAGCCCCACUAUCGAUUCAUGUCCUGCUAUAGCAGCCAGGUGAAGCGGGGUCUUGCCGUCCUUCUCGACCGAGUUGACUGACUCUGCUCCCUCCUUUUCCAGGAAUAGGCGAACCGUCUCGUCAUCUCCAGCUGCAGCGGCCAGGUGCAACGGGGUUGUGCCAUCAUUAUCGACCGAGACUGACUUCACGCCGCGAACUGCAGGGUCGGCGGGAUCUGGGCUACAGUGCCCUGUGUUUGAUGUAUUGUACUGCGUUGCUGAGGCAUCCAUAAUACAAGCAGAAAUUGAGCAGGAAGGUGUGGGAAAUGACGAAUUUGCCAAGUAUCUUCGUAAGCAAAGUUAAACCUUAGAAAAUCGCUACGUAAAAGUGAAACCCCUUUUCUGGCUUCCUGUCGCACUGAGCG